UUUGAAAAAUUUACGCGGAACUCGUGUCGGGGACAGAAGUGCGCUGCGCUGCACAGCAGCUGCACGCUCUCACGUCCAGUGUUUGACAAAACCUGGGUUUGACUGUGUGAGCAGAACGUGCGGCGGUAAUGGCUGCCAGGGAUAGUGAGGAGGAAGACAACAAAUGAAUCCCCGAGAAACGACUCAAAGGUGAGAGCGAAAGCAUGACAGUCUGUGGCUUAGAGACAGUGGCCUCGUGCACAUUUAGGCUGUUGGCUUGUCUGCUGUGGAUACUUGUCUACUUGGCUUGCAGUGAGGACUAGAAUGGUAAGCAGCCAGCCAAAGUACGAGCUGAUCCAGGAGGUGGGUCGUGGAAGCUAUGGCGUGGUCUAUGAGGCAGUAGUAAAGCGUACAGGGGCCCGGGUAGCGGUUAAGAAGAUCCGCUGCCACUCUCCAGAGAAUGUGGAGCUUGCCCUGCGAGAGUUCUGGGCCCUUAGCAGCAUCCAAAGCCAGCACCCAAACGUCAUACACCUAGAAGAGUGUGUCCUGCAGCGAGACCAACUGGCCCAGAGAAUGAACCAUGGCUCCAGCUCCCCGCUCUAUCUAGAGCUGGUGGAGACAUCUCUUAAAGGCGAGAUCACGUUCGACCCCUGCUGUGCCUACUACCUGUGGUUCGUCAUGGACUUCUGUGAUGGGGGGGACAUGAAUGCCUACCUGCUGUCCCGUAAGCCCAGUCGUAAGACCAACACCAGCUUUAUGCUGCAGCUGGGCAGUGCCCUGGCCUUUCUGCACCGCAAUCAAAUCAUACACCGAGACCUCAAACCUGACAACAUCCUCAUCUCCCAAGCCUGUACACCGGCUGGCUCAACUGAGCCCACCCUCAAGGUAGCGGACUUCGGCCUGAGCAAGGUCUGCUCCACCUCUGGGCUCAACUCUGAGGAGCCAGCCAGCGUUAACAAGUGCUUCCUGUCUACAGCUUGUGGAACGGACUUCUACAUGGCCCCAGAGGUGUGGGAGGGCCAUUACACAGCUAAAGCAGACAUCUUUGCCUUGGGGGUGAUCAUCUGGGCUAUGGUUGAGCGUAUUACCUUUGUAGAUGUGGAAACUCAGAAGGAGCUGCUUGGGAGCUAUGUGCAACAGGGCUCAGAGAUUGUACCUUUAGGGGAGGCCCUAUUAGAGAACCCAAAGAUGGAGCUGCACAUCCCCGCCAGAAAAAAGAGCAUGAACAGCCACAUGAAGCAGCUGAUCAGGGAGAUGCUGUCGGCCAACCCUCAGGAACGGCCCGACGCCUUUGAACUGGAGCUCAGACUGGUCCGUAUCGCCUGCAGAGAGCUGGAUUGGGACACGUGAUGGAUAAAUAAAUGGCACCACAGACUCAGCCAAUCAAGCACAUGCAUUGCAUCAGCUACUGUUAACCUAGAUCAGGGGUGCUCACACUUCUUUUGGUUUGCCAGUUUUUUUGGAGGAUUGAUGACAUUUUGUUGAAUGGCACGUAAACUAUACGCACUACAUUCAUGAUCUACUGGUCGAUCUUGAUUGAUGUACUGAGCAACCCUGACCUAGAUGUUCACACAAUGGUGACUUAUUACUAGUACACACGACUAAAUUCACUGUCCAGGCACACAGGCCUCAUCCUUUGAUCAUCACCACUGUAGUGGUGACUUCAUUAUGAAGAAGUGAGGCGUAACACCCUCCAUAGCUGCUGCUUAAACGUGCAGCUUGGUCUCAGGCUUAUUACAUCGCUGCUUCCACUACAAUACAGAGUCACUAGAGCAUGAUGGAAAAGCAGAAUGACCUGAGAAGUCGUGCAUUCAAUUAGGGUAGCGACAGUUUGUCUACAGAUACCGUCACCAAACACGGUGCUAAUUGUUCCUAAAUGCAAUAUGAGACUUGAUCCUGUGAUUUGUUUUUUGUACAUUACCCAAAGGGCCAACAGUGAAAAACCUCAGUACAGUAUAGAAAGUCAUGAAUCUUUUAAAACGUUUAAAAUUGACUUCUUUCUGGCAAGUCACAACCAGCAUUAAUAUUUCCAUUCAGAUUAAAUUCUGUUUUGGCAUCAAAUGCAGAUAUGCCCAGAAUUGCUCAGGUAAACCCAUAAAGCAUGAUGGUAUUUGUAGACAAACCUCUACUAUCAACGUCUGUUUUGCUCAGUCUUGGGGAGUGAAGCCUUGGUGCUUAAAUAAUCUUUUCUUUUUCCUGAACGCUGCUCCAUUAGUUGUGAGGGUUGGGGACAUUCUUUUAGUUUUAUUCAGUGUGAAGGUCCUUGUGGUUGGUGUUUUCUUUAUUUCUUCCCCAAAACUUCAAAGAUAAGGACAUUUGUCCCAGUCACACCCUAAAACAGUUUCAUAGAAUGUACAAUGAGCAACACAUGCUCCCCUUCAUCAACUUAGAGCCUUAAUCAUACAGCAACACUUAAUUUUACUGACCAAGUUCUUUACACAGAUCAUUUACAGCCUGUGUCUUAUUUUUAUGGUUUAGGCAUCAGUGCUGCUGGUAAUAGGAACAUUGGACUCUUUAAGUUAGUGAACCAUUUAUUGAAUCUCGGUGAAUUACUCUCUCGUAACUGAAAAUGGAUUUACAGUUACUUGUAUUAUGUAUUACUCUACAUAAGGAUUAGACAGUUUCUCAUCAUUUCCUAGCAAGUGCAUUGCUAAAUGCAAUGACUCUAAUUGGAGAUAAAAUUGUGAAUUAAAAUUCCAAAGUAUCUAAUAAUUAAAUUGUACACCUUGACCUUAACAGGAAGGUAUUUCCUUUAAUACUUUUCCUAAGUGUUAAUUUGAGUUGUAGGUGUUAAUAACCCAAAACAGGCCACAUUCUGAUCUAACUGCUGUGGUCACAACUAUUUCCCUCUAAUUGUGUUUUUUGCUUAUGUUCUACUAGAAUACAGAAGGAAAACGCUUCUAACCACUAUAAAAAUAAAACCCAGUGCUAUAGUAAACCAGAAUGAUCCUAGAAUAGUAAUAGAAUCCAUACAGAGCUGUCUGGCCUACCCUCAAAAGACUUUGAAGUGACUCCUCAACGUGCUGAAAACAAAUCUGUUGAGAGAAAUCCCUAUGUUGCCUUGACACAAAUUGAAUUAUCUGCCAUGUGAGCUACUUGUAUUAUAAUAGCAGCGACAUAAAUGAAUUGGAGUUCAUUUAAAAAAAGGGGUGAGAAAUUUAGUGAAAGCACUUUGAAUUUUUUUUCUUUUCUUGUUUAUACUUAUCCUUCCUAACUACCUACUGCAUUAUACACAGGAGCUCUGAGUCUGGAUUGUGAGCGAUAACUGUGUUGGCAUUAGUUUAUCAGGCAAACACAAUGUCAGCUAACAGUCUACUUAUGCAUGCAGUGCCUCUCACCUUCAGGGAAGACACCAGCGCACAGUGCUCCAUGAGCCACAGGAUCUUUGCCUGUUUUAUUUUUUAUUUCUUCUUUGACACAUAAUGCUGUUGUGUUUAACUUGAUCUCCUCUCACUGUGUCACUGCUCCACGUUUCCUCUGGCUUCGGAUCUUACAGUAAUCCCUUUCUCCAUGCUCCCGACAGGCUAAUUGUAAGCCUAUUAAGUUGUUGCAGCACUUCGCAGAGGAUCAUAUUUGGGACCCCGUUAUUUAUUUAUUUUUUUUGCCUUUCAGGUCACGCAUAUUUUGUGCACUUUGACAAAUUUUACGCAAACUUGUAGUACUUAAUUUUUGGCUACUUUUAUAGCUUUUUGGUUGAAACUGAAUUUCAAGACUUGCUGCCGACAUGUAUCUGAUAAACAUAUUCCCCCUCUAGCUUUCUGCCAUGAUGCGAUUGAGAUUUGCCUUAUUAGAGUGAUUUACUACUAUUUUGUUUAUGAGGCUAGAGUGACCUCAUUGAUAUUGCACCGGAGCACUAUAAAUUGGCAGAAGACGUGCUUGAGAUGCUCCUCAUCUCGCUGACUUCCAACGUGGUGCUUUAGUAUGAAUUGCAAUACCACAAAUAAGUAUUAAAACACAGUUUUGCGUUACAGGACAUCUACGCUUGCUUUGGACAAUGUUGCUUUUCUUCCAGAAUGUGGCGUUUGUGAUUUUUGUACAUCAGCAGCAAAGUGUGGAUUGAAGUAGGCCACACAUCCUCAGAGCUUGAAGCAGAGCAGAGUCAUUUCCGGACAGCUUUUUCUUCUGCCAUUCUACAAAGGGGUUUGUUGGCUUGGGGUUGCCAAAUGCACGCUGUGGUAAUUCUGGUAUGGAGAGAUUUUGCUCUUUUAUUUGCUGUGUUCAACUCCUUUUGCACAUAUGUAUAUACUGUAUAGGAUGAACAAGGUUGAUGUACAUGUGACUGAAUGUGCUCUGUUUUCAAGAGCCUGCCUUGUUUUAAAUUGAUAUGAUGGAUUUCAUCUUUUUCUUUGGGCUCUUAAAUUUAUCUUCAGUUUACUUCAAUCAUUUGAAAAGAUGUGACUUAUAUUUACAGUGAAAACUGUUGGUGUGAUAGUGAUAAAUAUGUUUUUUUUUUCAUUGGCCUAUUGUUUGUGAUUGUAAGCUAAGAUGGUACAACUUGGGUUCUCAACCAACGGUUCUGUCUGGUACCGGACUGUUUGGAAAUGGCACUUGGUUUUCUGGAAUAUCAGUUAAAUUCACAACUUUACCUAGUCCUGAUCCACAACCAUGUAUUGCAUUUUCCUGGAAUUCACACAUUUGAGUGUGUUACUUGUUACUCAAAAAGGUUGUUGCAAAGAUAAUGGUAAAAUCAAUUAUAAUACAACAUAGAGGUCUCAGUUCCAUCCAAGUGUAACCUUUAGGUCUGUUUCCAGUGUACAGUUUUGCUUUAGUUCCACUAUUUGCAGCUGCCAUUGAAGGAACCAGUUGCAGGGUCAUAGUUCUAUGCUAGUAGUACUGAAGGUCCAGAAACCCCACAGUGCCUAGGUUCAUUGAACAGUUGAAUACCAUGCAGCAUUUUUGUUUUGCAAAUUAUAAUGUAAUCAAAUGUACAAGCCUUGCACUACUGACAUGUCAGGCUGCACUUGUCUGUAUUCCACAGACAGCCUUCAUGGUGGAAACACACACUAGCUUUUUAUUUUUUUAAUUGUGACCAGUAAAUCAUAUUUUCGUUACUGUGCAUCUCUCUAAGUUCAUUACUUUCACGCAUUAGGUUGCGGUAAAGGCCUCAUGAUUGUUGGAUUGGGCCUACGCUAAAAUGAUCUGUCGAAUGAAGAACAACAUUGGAUAAAUAUUCAACACAUUUUUGGUCUAAUCUGAACUGAAGUCACAGCCAGACAAACCUCUGCUCUCACACAGAUAAAAAUUUAUCAGAAGUUGUGUGAUCACCUGUCAAUCACUGUUGAAUUGAUGGAUUUCUAAUUUCUAAUAAAUGAAUUGAAAUUA